UGCUUCUUCCUGGAGUGAGAACUCAUGAUGGGGACUCUGGGGUGGAAGAGGCUGCAGUUCCUCGUGAUAGUAUGCUGGUUUUUUGUGAGCCUGGAAGUUCCUACAGAGGCUCAGAAUAUUCUGUGCUACAAAAUCUUUGACGAAACCUCAGGGACCUGCAGGAACCUAUUGGGAGGUGGAAUUUUUCAGGAAGACUGCUGUCUAAACCAUCAAUAUGGUUUCCAGGCGGCUCCACAUGAGCCCUGCCAGUCCUGCCGUGAAGCUAGGUGGAAUGAAUGGAGCUCGUGGAGUGCGUGCUCUGUCUCCUGCACUGAAGGUGUGCAGCGACGCAGUCGGGUGUGUUAUGGCUCCCGUGCAGGGACAUGUCCGAGGGAUACACGUGAAAGGGAAAUGAAAUCCUGCCUCCUGAAAGAGUGUUGUCCCGUGAUGGGUGCAUGGACAGAAUGGAGCGCCUGGCAACCUUGCUCAGUGACCUGUCUAACUGGGACCCAGAUAAGGGAACGAACUUGCACCAAUCCAGCCCCUAUCUGUGGAGGCACCUGCUCAGGAGUCAGCAAAGAAACUAAGAGAUGUGAUACCCAGCAGAUUUGCCCAACUCACGGAAACUGGGGCAACUGGGGACCUUGGCAGCACUGCUCCCAUACUUGCACUAUAGAAGGCUCAGCUGCAAAGCCUCAACAACUACGAUUCCGCUUGUGUAACAACCCUCCACCUUCUAUCAAUCCUCGGGGCAAGGCAUGUCCAGGAGGAAGCCAGGAGUCCCAAAGCUGCACAGGACUGCCCUUCUGUCCACGGGAUGGCAACUGGGGCAGCUGGAAACCAUUCAAACCCUGCAGUGUGAUCUGUGGGGUCGGCCAAACGGAGCAGAAGCGUCUGUGUGAUAACCCUGCACCGAAGUACGGAGGGCAGAAUUGCCUUGGGGAGGACAUACGUAAGCAACCCUGCACUGUCAGGGUGCCCUGCCCAGUGGAUGGUUAUUGGAAGGAAUGGACUCCUUGGAAGCCGUGUAACUUUCAUGACAUUGAUAUUGACUGUAAGGACAUUGCUGGCUCUCAGAUAAGAACUAGGACCUGUACUGGACGGCACCAUGAGGGCAAGCGUUGUGGGGGAUUAUUCAGCGAAUCCAGGGCCUGCUACAAUUUCGAAGGAUGCAGGUUGCCGGGAGCCUGGACAGCUUGGAGUCCUUGGGGUCUCUGUGAGCCAGCCUGUGGACCUGAACCUAAAAGAUCUCGCAAGAGAGUCUGCGCGCCCAUCUACCCUGAUUAUUCGAAGGUGGUGACAGGAGAGAACGGGAAGCAGUACAACGCAACGUUUACGGGAAACCCAAAUCCUCAAUGUAAGCAACUGGAAGGACAAGACUUGGAAGUGGUGGAAGAAACACGGUGCCAAAAUGUGCCUCCUUGUGAAGAUUGAUUCUACAGAACUGGAGGCUAUAAAUUGUCCUGGAAAUUCCUGCAAACCACAAUAUAUGCAGCUGUGAGAAAUGCUGACUGUGCUUCCUAUGAUUUUUGAACCCAUCAUCUGCUGCUUUUUUAAUGAUUAAAUAAUCAUAGGGUAAUACAUUACAUUGGACUUUUGUCUCUUCUAUACACAGUAAAGAAGAAAAAAUGCACAUGUUCUGUGUUAUGUUCCGUUUCAAAUAUAAGGCAAACUCAAUUUUAAAUAUUUUUUAGCAUGGCAUCUAUAUUUACAGUUUAAGGUGUACAGUUCAGUGUGUGUUAAGCCAAUGAUCUCUCAUUUAAGAGUUCCACAAGAGUUAAAGAUAUACUUUAGCAAAGGAAUCAACUUGGCACCAGAAUGUUUUACUUGUAGAUACAAUGAAAAAAGCAAUGAACAUAUAGAUGUGCUGAAAAAUAGGCUAGUCAGUUUGCUUUAAAGCCAUAAACAUUUGUAAAACAAAAAAUCUAUUUUAGAGAUUUCAUUAUUAAAUUAAUGGCAUUGUCAGCUACUACCUCAUGCUUGCUUGUGCUUUGCUGCUAUGCAGUAACAGACUGCCAUAAACUGUGGGGAGAGAGAACGAAGGGGAAAAUGCUUGGGGAAACAAAAGUAAGUGCUGCAUCUCCUUGAGAUGCUGCCUCAAGGUCAUCCAACUGGAAGGAAAGAGCCGCAUACUAAACUGCACUUGGACUGUUACAAAAACAUCUUGCCUGAACCUGAUUGGUGAUACUGGGGUGGGCAAUGAGAGAUAGUUAAGGGAGAGAAAAGUAGAACUUAGGGACUUUGGCAUGUGAUUCUCAGUUCUGGCUUUGCACUACUGCAACAUACUUGGCCUGUAAUAAAACUAUAUCUUUCUCAACAAA